UAUGCAAAUCUAUCAGGUCACGCCUCCUGGCGGCGCAGUGCGGGUCAGGGGACAGCAGAUAGCAAAGAGCUGACGGUCAAACCGGCCAGGUUGGUCAAAGUCUCGGCUUUCCACACGAAAUUCCAGCCACAUUUGUAUGUAUUUCGACGGAUUUCGGCUUCGAAGUUGCAGUGUGCUUGCUAGGUUUGAGACUGGAGGAUUUUCGGGCUUCAUUCCCGAGUGGAAACGGACUCUAUUCAGCCGGAGUGCGUGUGACAAAUUUAUUUUUCCUUGACGAUUUGUCGGCAGGCGACUUUUCCUUUGGUCUGGUGAAGCAGACGAUACGACUUUACUGAGAGGAUACUGUGGACAGACGGCUCCAAAAAAGGAUGGCGGACACUUUGGACAUCGAUCCCGAGCUCAUCCCUCCAAUAGCGAGGAAACGGAAAACGAUCGACAACUUCGGGACGUUCUGUGCGUUCGUCUUGGCGUAUGAGGCACAGCUACAGAAGAUGAGAAGUAGUCCCCACAACAGCACGGGCAGCUCUGCGGGGAGCGACACCACAGAGAGCACCACCAGCGAGGUGCCUGACCUGGAGGGCAGCUCCAGCUCCUCUCAUUCCUUCACGUCUCCGACCCACGGCUUUCCUGCGCCCGCGCGCUCCGUCAGCAAGACCAAGGGCAUGAGUGGCUCCGACAAGAAGAUGAAGAAGGAGAAGAAGAAGAGGAGAAAGCAGAUUCUGAGCCAGCAGGCCUUGGAGACAGGUGUCGUGACAGAUGAUUCACUGUUCGAGCGCCCAGACCCCGCGGAACACAAAACUGCCAAGAGGAGAAAAAGGAUCUCCAACGAAGUUAUCGAGUCUGACGAUGACUGGAACCUGGUGACGUGCUUCUGCCAGAAGCCGUUCGCGGGGCGUCCCAUGAUCGAGUGUACGGAAUGCACCAUCUGGAUCCACUUGUCGUGUGCAAAGAUCAGAAAGUCCAACGUCCCGGAAAUAUUCAUCUGUCAGAGGUGCCGCGAGGCCAGGCACCAGAUCCGGCGAUCAUCGAGGCAAAAGGAGGAAAACUCCAGCCCCAGUCCGAGCCCCAGCCCCAGCCCCAGCCCUAGCCCCCACAUCUCCAGUAGUGACUCGGAGGACUUGUAAAAGCGACGUCCAAUCACAGAACUUUGUGUUGAAAAACCGGAUACCGUUCUGUUCGUAUCCGACGUGGUGGUUUGGCGGGAAGUUGACUCUGUUUUCUGACGGUUGGACUGGAAAGAUGCUUACGAUGCAGUCCCCUUACUACGUAGUCUGUUGGUAAUGCUCAACACCCCCAUUUUGUAGUGGAACAACCCACCUUGGUUGGUUUUUCCAACUGAUGUUGGCCAGGUCCACUGAAGAUGUAGGGGUGUUCAUCACAGCUCUCUUGGGGAAAGGUCCAGUGAUUUUUCCAUGCGUAUGGAUGUAUAUUGCGAGUUCUAUGAGAGAUAUAUUGUAAAUAUGACAUUGUUCCAAGUUCAAAUGUUACAUGUUCAACCUUUCUCCUUCUGUACAAAGAGAACUCUACUACUUUCCCCCUGUAAAUUCUAGCAAAAGGUUCUUUGUCAAAUGUCAAAUGUUUCUCGACGGCAAAUCUGUUGAACAAGUUGAAUUUUAGUUGUCUUUUUCUACACGUCUAUGGAUUUUAGUUUUAUUUGAUUGGUGAACAGCAAAAAUGCAAUGACAAGAAGUCCAGUAUGUAUCACGGUGUUGAAAGUUCUUUGUAAUCUUAAAGCAAGAAGGAAGGGUGAGGGUGGGCAGUUGGUUAUCAUUACCGUUAAAAGUGUUUCUCAAAAGCCACAGAACUGUGUAUUGAGGCAAAGUCUACUUGUGCUGGUCACAUGAGUUUUAGGCCAUGUUUGGAUCUAAACUUGUAGUGGAAGAGGCUUUAAUAGCUGGUAAGGUGAGAGAAGUAGACCAAACAGCACAAAAUUUUGUAAAUUUGAACUUGAUAUUCAAAUCGGUGACUCUUCAAAUUGAUCUCCAUUGUCCUUGCAUAGCGUAUCUGUCACACUCUGUAUGAACUUAGAAUCAAACCGUCAAACUUUUCUUUUCUAUUUUUUUGCUGUUGAUCAGAAGUAAACUAAACGGUGCUAGACUCUAACACAAUAAGAACUCAGUAAUUUGGUGCAUUACGCUCUGACUUUUUGAGUCUAAGAAGGAAUGACGAUACUUCAAUUUUUAAAAAAGUCUUAUUAACACUCAGCAUCUGUUUUUUGUUAUUAAAGCAAGUAAUUAUUUUAACGGCAAAGGGAUCACGUGGUGUAAAAAUGAUUUUUGGAUUUGUUUGAAAACUGGAAUAUCAACAUAAAGGGCUCUUUCAAUUCAGUUGAUUUUAAUAUUUUGUUUUGAAGAUUUCAAAAAGUUGCAAGGUGUUAGGGAGUAUAUGUUCGUAUGAUUUUGUAUAUGAAAUCUUUUCCUAAAUGUGAAUAAAGAGAUCUGGCCUUACGAAGAAAGAGGGAAA